GGGAGCUAGUAUCACCAAGGUAACUACGGCUAACACAUAAAGUUUCCUUUUCCGGUCCUUAAGAAGUUGUUGGUUUUUCCGAGUGUAUUAGUGUUAAAUUUAAGUGAUUUAAGUAUCCAAAAUGGUCCGGGUAAAAACUGUUCACAGUAAAACCUAUGUUACUCCUCGCCGUCCUUUUGAAAAGGAACGUUUGGACCAGGAAUUAAAAAUUAUUGGUGAAUAUGGUUUAAGAAACAAGCGUGAAGUAUGGCGAGUCAAAUAUGCUUUAGCUAAAAUCCGAAAAGCUGCUCGAGAGCUGUUGACUCUGGAUGAAAAAGAUCCUAAACGUUUGUUUGAAGGUAAUGCCUUACUUAGAAGACUUGUUCGAAUUGGUGUCUUGGAUGAAUCUAGGAUGAAGCUCGAUUAUGUUUUGGGUCUUAAAAUCGAAGAUUUCUUGGAAAGACGUCUGCAAACCCAAGUUUUAAAACAUGGACUCGCUAAAUCUAUCCAUCAUGCUCGUGUUCUCAUCAGGCAAAGACACAUUGCAGUUUGCAAGCAAGUGGUUAACGUACCUUCAUUCAUUGUCAGAUUGGACUCUGAAAAGCACAUAGACUUCUCCAUGAAAUCUCCAUUCAGUGGUGGUCGACCCGGUCGUGUUAAGAGGAAGAACGCCCGUAAAGUUAAGCCAGGAGCUGCUGCUGAAGAAGAGGAUGAAGAUUAGACACUCUGUUUAUAAGUUUUGAUGAUUAAAUAAAUUAACAUGGUGAACCACAAAA